CUCAUGUCCCAUUCAAGUGUCGAUCGUCGCCGGUUUUUCUUUCCUAUUAAUUAAAAUAUCGUAUUACACAGAUAGCCCGCGUUGACUUAUGCGGAUGCGGAUUUGUAUUUCUAGGAGAGCACAAUGCGCAGUGAAGUCGCGUCAGUUCAGAUUUUCAGAUCGAGAGCAAUUGAUGAGAAUAAUUGGUGAAUCUCCAUCUCGUCUCUCGUGUCUGUACGCGAUCUUUCUUGUUCUCGUUGCUUUGAGGAAUAAUGCAGAAAGUGGGUAAAUUGAACUCGUCGAUUGAUAUCAUUCCGCUGCAAGGAUCGAGUGGUGAUUACAGACCGAGAUACCUGGAUAAUAAGCAUAGAAUGGACCAGAGAUGCUUUCGGGAUCAGUCGUUAAUCGACCGCAUGCAAACGUAUAUGCAUGAAAAUGAAAAUAAAGUAUACAUUGAUGUCAAUGAGAUGGCAGAUGCCUUACAAAGACGAUACAGAGAUUAUCGUCAUAAGAAGCGUGCUGCAUUUCGUGGGAUGGUACGUAAGGCUUACGAUGAGCUUACAGAGUUAUUUUCGAGAAAGCCUUCAACACGCGAACCUACUUUUGACGACGACGAUUUUGAGGAUGUUGAUGUUGAGUCAGAGAUGCAACACACUUCGUUAGGUGACAUGCUGAUACAUAUGUAUAAGAAACAGAAUGGAAAUUCAAGUGAUAAAGAAUUGAUAGAUAUUAGUAGCGAUGAUGAGGUAUCCUCUAAGGAUGAAUCUAAGACUGGUAAAGACACAAAGGCAUUGAAUAUAUGUAGUGUAGUUGAUGAAUCUUUGCACACACCUUCGACAGUUACUUCAAAAUCAAAACCAGCUACUUCAAAGCCAGGAACACCUACCUCAAAACCUGAAGCAUCUGUUUCAAAGCCAGACAUGCCUGCUUUAGAAAUACCUAUUUCAAAAUCAGAAACACUUACUACAAAAUCAGAAACUGUAAAAUCAAAAGCAUCUGUGAAUGAGGUCACAAAACAGCCACUAGUAGAAUCUACAAGAAAACGACAAAGAGAUAAGGAAAAUAUGGAUAAUGGACCGUUUUCAUUUGCGAAAAAAGCAAGAACUAUACCUGUUGUAGAACCAAAAGUUACAUUUUCUGAUGUAGGAGGUAAUGACAAAAUUUUGAAAACUGUCUGCAAAUUACUAGCCCACAUGAAACAUCCCGAAAUCUUCAAACAACUUGGUAUAUCUCCACCAAGGGGAUUUUUACUUCAUGGACCACCUGGAUGUGGAAAAACAUUACUGGCAUAUGCUGUUGCAGGGGAAUUAAACGUACCUCUACUAAAAGUAGCAGGACCAGAACUUGUGGCUGGAGUAUCUGGCGAGAGUGAAGCUCGUAUUAGAGACUUAUUUGAGCAAGCUUUAGCUCUUGCACCAUGCAUCGUUUUUUUAGAUGAAAUUGAUGCUGUUGCACCUCAUAGAGCUGCAGUUCAAAGAGAGAUGGAAAGGAGAAUUGUUGCACAAUUAUUAUCAAGCUUAGAUGAAUUGAGUCUGAAGGAAAAUGGAGAUAGAGUAUUGGUGAUUGGUGCAACAAAUCGACCUGAUUCAUUAGAUCCUGCUUUAAGAAGAGCAGGACGUUUUGAUCGUGAAGUGUGUCUGGGAAUACCAGAUAGAGAAGCAAGAGCUAAGAUUUUAGCAAUACAUACUGAAAAUGUUGUACUAGCUCCUAAUAUUAGUCUGUCGACAAUAGCUUCCCUCACCCCAGGUUUUGUAGGUGCAGACCUGGCGGCCUUAAUCAGAGAAGCUGCUAUGGCUGCUGUAGAUAGAGUAUUCGAGGAUGUAAACAGAUCAAAACAGACAGAAAAAUUGGCAGAAAUAACCCAAACUGAUAAGCAACUUGCUAAAGAAACACUGACUUCUGAAAACACGGAAAAUUUAAUUGAUACUAAUGUUCCAACAGAAGCAUCUACUAUGAUAAAAUCGUCUAAUGCAAUAGAAAACACUUCUACACAGUUGAGAGACUCACCUAAAAAUUCAACCCCGGAAACUGCCGAAAUGGAUAUAAUACAGGAAAAUUCAGCAGAUUUUUCAAAUUUACUGGCUUGGCUACGUAGCGAACCUCCACUUUCCCCAGAGCGCCUUUCGACCUUGUGUAUUGAGCAUGGUGAUUUUGAAACUGCUUUACGUGUAGUUCAACCUUCAGCAAAAAGGGAAGGAUUUGCAACAGUUCCUGAUGUAACAUGGGAUGAUGUUGGUUCACUGCAAGAUAUACGUCAGGAAUUACAAAUGGCGAUUCUUGCCCCUGUUAAGCAUACAGAACACUUUAAUGCAUUAGGUUUAAAUGCUGCUAGCGGAGUAUUAUUAUGCGGACCACCUGGUUGUGGAAAAACAUUGUUGGCUAAAGCUAUUGCCAAUGAAGCUGGAAUUAAUUUUAUUUCUGUUAAAGGACCUGAACUUUUGAAUAUGUAUGUUGGUGAAAGUGAGAGAGCAGUUCGUCAAUGUUUCUUAAGAGCAAAAAAUUCGAUGCCAUGUGUCAUAUUUUUCGACGAAAUAGAUGCGUUAUGUCCUAAAAGAACAGAAGGCGAUAAUUCCGCAACAUCACGUAUCGUGAAUCAAAUGCUUACGGAAAUGGAUGGUGUAGAGAGUCGACAAGGAGUAUUUCUUAUGGCUGCUACUAAUCGCCCUGACAUUAUAGAUCCAGCUGUUUUGCGACCAGGAAGACUGGACAAAAUUUUAUACGUUGGUCUCCCGACAGCUUCAGAUCGUGUUGAUAUUUUACGUGCAGUAACUAAGAACGCAACAAAACCAAAACUCGCUGCAGACGUUGAUUUAAAUCAAGUUGGAUAUAAUGACAAGUGUGAGGGUUUUACUGGUGCAGAUUUGGCAGCUUUGAUAAAGGAAGCCGGCAUGGAAGCAUUGAAGGAAAUAAUAGCUGGUUAUGGACAAUCAGAAAUUUCCAUGCAGCACAUUUACAGGGCAUUUGAUAAAGUGCAACCAUCUGUUCGCGAGAAGGAUAUUAAAUACUACGAAAAAUUUAGUAAGCUAUAUUCAAUUAAAAAAAAUUCUGAAGUUAUGCCAAUGGAAACACCAAUAGAUGCACCAAUUGUUGAUGUGGUCAUGGAACCAAUGGAAACAUGAAGUACAAUUAUUAGAAGUUUAUAAAAAUUACUAUAAUAAUUGCAAUUCUUCCAUUACCAAACAUUUUUUUAAUAGAAGAAACGUCAGGUAUUUCUUUAAUGAUAGUUUAGAUUCCACAUGUUUAUUUGUAAAUGGAAGUAGCUGUAAUGUUUAAUGAAAUAACAAUAAUGUUUUAAAAUUGCACGAUAGUGUAAGACAGAUAGUUGCAUUAUGCAGUUAUUUUCUAGAUAUAUAAAUAUAGAAAUCAUAUACUCGUUGUAUGACUUUAAUGUAAUAAGGAUCCUUGAUAAAAUUUUCAAUAAAAGUUUACGUUUAAUAACA